UUCGUUUCACCUGGAUAAUGUCAAGGGUGCUAUCAGAGACAGCAAGGUACAAAGGGUUACUGACAACACAGCAAGUGGGACUCAUUGAGAGGAUACCAAAGGGCUGUCCACAGUCUGUCAGUGACCCACCCACCUAUUGUAUCAGAGCAGCAGGAGUUCUGAGGUACAAUCGGGAGUCUGACAACCACAGGAUAAACUUAACCAUUCUUCCAGAGUCCCAGCCUCUGACAGAAUACCCAGUGAAAUGUGAAUUCUGUGGACUAAAGGCCCAACCUUCACUAGAUCUUCCAUGGGCACAGGGGCCAGAGACCGUGUCACUCUUCUGCUGUGUCCAGCGGCAGCAGCUGUAUAAGAUGCUGGUGAAGUGGAGGUGUUUGGUUGAGAGGAGCUGUGACCUGAGGGCUAAUACUCCAACAACAUCAUCAGGAGACCAGCCAGCCACAGAGAUGAAGGAGCUUCUCUUCCAAGGCAAAGAGAUGGAGGAUUACAACAAGUUUAUCCUGGAUUUACCGAGUGGACUUGGAGAACAAUCAGAAUUGAGGAUCUACCAGGAUGUCUCAAUCCAACUACCAGAAACCUUUGUCCCAACAUCAAAGGUCCUCAGCUUCCGGCUCUCUUGUGCUCCAGGACAAGGAUGCUGGACAGUGUAUCCUUGUAGCGCAACUGAGAAGCACUUGAAAAUAAAAGAGCAAGAGGAGCAGGUGUUAGUCCCUUUUUGUGACCACAAGCCACUUCAGUUUGGCAUAUGUCAUUAUCAGGAUGGGGCAGAAUUUCUCAAGAAGUAUUACUCCAAUGGCAUGACAUUUCUUACAAUGUUCCCUGAUGGCUCUGCUCAGGUCUUCUAUCCCUCAGGCCUCUUGGCUCUCGUUGUCGUGGUCACCGAAGAAAAGGGUAGGGUCUGCAUCGUGUAUGAUGAUUGCAUUGCUUCCUAUCAACCAAUUAGAGCAAUGUUCCAGUCUGAUGGCAGGGUGACGUGUUAUCACAGCAAUGGAAACAUAUGGCUGACCUUAAACAGUUCAGGCGGUCAGUGUUUGGAUGAGGCGGGUGCCAGGGUUCGUCGGUGGAGAUGGAGCAGACUGAGCAUGACUCCCACUCCCCUGCAUCCCGUCUUCCUGUCCCUUAACAAAACUGUCGGGGUCCGAGUCCUCGAGAAGGAACAAGUGUUUGUCUCUUUUCUGGCAAAAGGCCAACAGGCAAAACUCAGUGUGGGUACCUGCUGCGCUCAGGGUGAAUGUAGAACAGAUGGGUCUAGUUCAGGGCCAUCAGUAUUAAAGGAGGAGCUGUUUGUGUUGGCAGCCAGGAUUAGGAUCAACACGGCCCUUCGGCACCUCAACCAGUGCCUGAUGACACCCUCACAUCCCCGGCUGCCACCUCCAAGCUUUUCAGUCUAAUGAGACUUAACUUAGCUUAAAUGUUUAUCCUAUGGAUGAAGAAAGAGCCUUCAUCCAUAGGUGUCUUCAGUCUUUGAUGUACCAGUAAUAAAGUACACAGUGACGUGAUAACAGCAACUAUGCUAUGGCAUAAAGACAAAGUCACACUCAAAAUAGCGGUUAAAAUAGUUUUUUCAAAAUGUACAUGUUUGUUUUUGUCAUUUUUUUUUUUUAUUUGAUUUGGAUACCACAGUAACUAAAAGGCAAUCAGAGGGACAAAAUAAAGGAACAAACAUUGGCAUUAUAGCAAAUGUUUUUCUACACAACUUAAUGGCUCUUUUCA